AAAUCGCCAACUGAUAGUAGUCGUCAAAGGGGCAGCCACAGCAUGCCGUACGAGUCGAUGCACCAUCAUCAGUCGGCGGCCACUGCGGUGGCAGCCGGCGUAGCGCCAAAUAGCAUGCUGGACGCACUCAGUUUGCAGCUGCGGGAUGCGGAGAUGCGACGCACUGAGAUCGAGCGAGCACAUCAGGAAACUCUGGCACAAAUACGCAAUCUAAGUGGCAGCGCUCGACCCGACACCGAGGCCGUGGAGAACCUUCAAUCGCGUGCUCGUGAACUGGAGAAGAAGGUGGCGCUGGAGAACGUGCACUGCGAGGAGCUGCAGAUCGAGUUGACUGCCGCGCUGAAGGCGAAGGCAGCUCGCUCCUCGGCACCCAGCAACAACAUGUGUCCGACUUCGAUGUCCAACUCGGCGCCCUUCGGAGCUGGCAUGCCAGCCAGCAUUCCCACUUCGGCCAGCAGCUCGACUGUGACUUGGGCGCCGACAAUCAGCCAUCAGGACCAAGGCUCCGAGAUUGAUAUCAUUAUGGCCAAGAUCGAGCAGGAUAAUCGCGUGCUGGCCGAACUGGAGCAGCCAAGGACCUCGGCCAGCGCCAGCAUGUCAGCAUUGCCGCCCAGUUCUAUGAUGAGCGCGGGAAACAGCGAAUUUAGAACCAUAUCAAAGAGUGAGCUCGAGGAAGAACUGAAUCGCUAUAAAAGAGCUGUCCUGGGCGGCGCUUCGGGCGGCGGCGUCUCGGCGCUGUCCUCCGGCUACUCGAGCCUGCCCCAAUCGCUGGCUUCGACUCUGGCCAAUGGGGCCACGAGCAACAGCUUGAGCGGCACCAGCGUUGGCUCAGCGGCAGCUGCUGCAGCCGCCGCUGGUGGUGCGAUGGAUGGGGGAGGAGGAGGCGGUGGUAGAGGAGGCGGACAUACAUCCAUAUCGGGUCUGGUGCCCAACUCAAUUAGCGGCAUAUCGUCGAGUCUGAGCAGCCAUGCCAUACAAUCACUACAGUCGGCUGCCUACGGAGUUGGGCAGACGUCGGUGGAGAAGCUGUUGAGUGGAACUAGUGGAAUAACUGGCAUUCCACCAUUGCCGAGCACAACCAUGCCCCUCCUGUCACUCAACGCGCAUAACAUGCCGCCCGGCGGCUCCACCAGCUACUCGGCUCUCGGCCUAAGCGCCGGCAGCGGCGUCGGUGGCGUCGGCGUCGGCGUCGGCGGCGUUGGCUCCUCGCUCACCCACCCCACCAUGAGCAACAUCAACAUGCUCGACACGAGCGCCCUGCUCGGCCUGGGACCCGCCGGCGGUGGCAUCACCGGUGCCACCUCGCUCUACGGCCUGAGCGCAGGCGCCGCCGGUGGACUGGGCAGCUCCUAUGGCGGUCCACCUUUCAUGGACGCCGCCUCGAGCGCCUCGUAUCCGUUCACCUCGGCGGCACUGCGUCAGGCCUCCAAGAUGAAGAUGCUCGACGAGAUCGACAUACCGCUGGCCCGCUAUGGCAACCGCAGCUCGCCCUGCUCCCCCCCAUUCCCGUGGCCGCAUGGCGGCUGGGGCCUCGACGAGUUCACCGAUGGCCUGGGCACAUCCAUCAUGCACAAUCGCAGCGGGUUGGCGCUGGGCGCCCUUGACCUAGACACUCGCAACCACGCAAUGAACGGCGCAACUGAGCCACAGGUGGACAUGUUGGACAUUCCGGGCAAGGGACGUUGCUGUGUGUUCAUUGCACGCUUUCCCUACGAUCCGCCAGAGGAGGCGGAGGGCGAGCUGUCGCUGUGCGCCGGCGACUAUCUGCUGGUGUGGACCAGCGGUGAGCCACAAGGAGGCUAUCUGGAUGCGGAGCUACUGGAUGGACGUCGGGGCCUGGUGCCCGCCUCGUUUGUGCAGCGACUAGUGGGCGACGAUUUGCUGGAAUUCCAUCAGGCGGUGCUGUCGACACUGCGCGAUGCCGAGGACGGUUCAAUGCAGUGCGACACAACGUCGCUGCCUUCCUUGCCGCCGCACAACCCAUUGCUCACACACACGCACGAGGAUCUGGCACGUUUGAGUGAGACGCACACCGAUCUGGAGCACGACCAGGACGACAUUAGCGAUAAUGUUCCAGCUCCGAAGCACUUGACGCUGGAGAGGCAGCUGAACAAGAGCGUGCUCAUUGGCUGGUCGCCGCCGGAGCCCGUGGGCUACAACCUGAUCGACAGCUAUCACGUCUAUGUCGAUGGCGUGCUCAAAGUCACGGUGAAGGCCAACGAACGCACACGCGCUCUAAUCGAGGGCGUCGACUCCACGCGGCCGCAUCGUAUUAGCGUGCGCAGCGUUACGCAGAACCGUCAGACGUCCAGGGACGCGGCCUGCACAAUGAUCAUUGGGCGGGACACCUCGCACUUGGGCCCCUCGGCGGUGCGCGCCUCGCACAUAACGUGUUCCUCGGCGGUUAUAUCGUGGCUGCCGGCCAAUUCCAACCACCAGCACGUGGUGUGUGUGAACAAUGUGGAGGUGCGCACCGUCAAGCCGGGCAUGUAUAGGCACACCAUAACGGGCCUUGCGCCCAGCACCCAAUACCGUGUGACCGUGCGUGCCAAGCACUUGCGUGCCGUUGGCCAGCACAGCACACAGCCUGGUCACACUGUCGGUGGAGUAGGAGCAGGCACUGCGGGCAGACCCGGCCAGGAGGAGGCACCGGGGGCCUAUGCCGAUUUUCGCACACUGACCAAGGGUCUGCCCGAUCCGCCACAGGAGAUCCAACUUGAGGCUGGUCCUCAGGAUGGCACCAUUCUGGUGACAUGGCAGCCGGUUAACAGACCCACGUCCACGGGGCCUGUAACCGGCUAUGCUGUGUACGCCGAUGGUAAAAAAGUGACCGACAUCAAUUCACCAACGGGCGACCACGCACUCAUCGACAUCGGCAAACUGGGCGUCUUCAAUCCCCGCGCCGUCACCAUUCGCACCAAGUCUCGCGAUUCACAGUCGGCGGACAGCGCGCCCAUUUUGAUACCAAACCAAGUGCGCAACGCUGUCGCCCGCCGGGGACCAAAUCAGAUGGGCAUGGGUCCGCAGCUGCCGCAGCAGGGACUCCACGGCAUGCCCAACCAGCUGCAGCAACAACAGCAGCAGAUGGGCAUGCCGGGUCAGCCUGGCCAGAUGGGGCAGCUGGGGCAGCCGCACAUGAUGCAGCAGGAUCACACGCAAUACGAUCCCAACCAGAUGCAACAGCAGGGACUCCAACCUGGCCAGCAGCCGGGCCAAACCCAGCCCGGUCAUCAGCCUGACGGAGGCUCCGGCUUGUUAGGUGGCCUGCUCGGUGGCCUCUUCUCGAAACCCACACAGAAUCAAGUGAACCAGAAUGGCUACCAACAGCCGGGCGCCACGCAGCGCGGCAUGGUGCCGGGACGACCCCAGGGACCACAGCAACAGCAGCAGCAGCAAGCUUACGGGGCACAAGGCGGUCCCAUGGGAGGUCCUCGCUUCCGCGGACCCGUGCCCGGACAGAUGGGCAUGCAGGGUCAAAUGCCUGGACAGAUGCAGGGCCAAAUGCCGGGGCAGAUGCCAGGACAGAUGCAAGGGCAGAUGCCAGGUCAAAUGCCAGGUCAGAUGCCGGGUCAAAUGCCUGGUCAAAUGCCUGGACAGAUGGCCGGACAAAUGCCUGGUCAAAUGCCAGGACAGAUGCCCGGACAGGGGCAGAUGAUGGGUCCGCGUGGUCCACUCAACCAGCAACAGCAGCAGCAGCAGCAACAGUUGCAGCAGGGUCAGCUGAUGCCGGGUCAGCAACCGGGGCAGCCACAGACGCAACAGCAGCAGCAGCAACAACAGCAGCAGAUGGCUGGAGCACAGAAGAAGCCGCGAUACUUUGUGGCCAUGUUCGACUACGAUCCAUCCACAAUGAGUCCCAAUCCCGAUGGGUGCGACGAAGAACUGCCAUUCCAAGAGGGUGACACGAUCAAGGUCUAUGGUGAUAAGGACGCCGAUGGCUUCUACUGGGGCGAACUGCGCGGCAGGCGGGGCUAUGUGCCGCAUAAUAUGGUCAGCGAGGUGGAGGACACUACGGCGCAGAUGCAGGGCGGCCAGAUGCAGAUGGGCGGCGGCGUCAUGCAGACGGGCGCCACGCCAGGCACGGCUCAAGUGAUGCCCGGUCAGGGUGUGCCGCAGCAGAGUAUGCGCAAUGUGAGUCGGGAUCGGUGGGGCGACAUCUAUGCGAACAUGCCGGUGAAACGGAUGAUUGCCCUCUACGACUACGAUCCCCAGGAGUUGAGUCCGAAUGUGGAUGCCGAGCAAGUGGAGCUUUGCUUCAAGACGGGCGAGAUAAUACUCGUCUAUGGUGAUAUGGAUGAAGACGGUUUCUACAUGGGCGAACUGGACGGUGUGAGAGGCCUGGUGCCGUCGAACUUCCUCGCCGAUGCGCCCGAUCAGUACAACAACAAUCAAAUGGGACCUGGCGGGGUCGCCGGCCGAGGCGGCCUCAGUCAGCGGGGCAGGGGCCAGGGACCCGGGGCAAGGGGACCGCCGCCGCCUCCGCGAGACAACAUGAUGCCUGGCGUGGCUGGGCCGCGAGGUCCAGUCGGCAAAAAUGCUCGCCCUGCUUCCCCUACACUGUUAGACAACACGGGCCACCCUGCCCCCGAUCACCAAACGCAGAUGAUCGGUCGCGUUGGUAAUGUUGGCCUGCAGCAACAGCAACAACAGCAGCAGCAGCAACAACAACUCCAGCAACAACAACAACAACCGUAUGGUCAGCAACAGACGCAAAUGGGGCAGCAGCAAACUCAACAGCAGCAGCAGCAGAUGGGCAUGGGACAACCUGGAAUGAUGGGCAUGGGACAGCAGCCGGGUCAGCAGAUGGGCCAACAGAUGGGUCAACAGAUGGGCCAGCAGAUGGGCCAGCAGAUGGGCAUGGGGCAGAUGGGACAGCAACAGCAGCAGGUGCCAGUGACGACGCAGGCACAAACGGGCGGACUUUUCUCCGGUGCAACGAGCCUGCUCUCUGGUGCUACUUCGGCUGCCACCGGUGGUCUAUUUGGGUCGAAGCAAGCGCCCAAAACGGAUCCAAUGCAACCACCUGGUGGUGUGCAGCCAACGCAGCAACAAGCAAACGCCUUUGGUGCCCAACAGAUGCAGCAGCCGGGCAUGCAACAGCAACCGGGUAUGCAACAGCAACCGGGCAUGCAACAGCAACCAGGCAUGCAACAGCAACAACAACAAGUGCCACCGCAAGCCCAGCCACCGCCGCAGGGGCCGGGCGCCGGUCUGCUGGGAGGCCUCAAGGGCAUUGCAGCAGCGGCGCCCGGCGGCGAUGUCCUCUCGAAAGGCAAAGAUCUAUUUGGCAAAUUCGGGUUUGGCUUUGGCAAAUAACCCCGGUCAUUCCAUAGGGUCCUGUUAUAUUAUUCGUAGAUUAGACUUAUUUGAUAUGAUUAUGAUUAUUGCUAUGAUUACUAAGCUAAUAUACAUAUAUAUAUACAUACAAACAUAUAUACAUAUAUAUAUACAAACACAAUUAUACAAGAAAUACGUUCAGAAGAGAGAUUUCUCAGAUCUCUGACGUCUCUGAUGAUGUUGUAACUGUUUGUUGAUCAAGAAUGAUACAACUAAUAGAACUAAAUAAUGAUAAUAUUUUUUAUUAAUACAAUUGAUAGAAAUAUUUGGUAGAAUCCAGAAACAGCAACAACAACAACAUGAACUACAAAAACAAAGAUUGAAAGAAAAACAGAAAAGUCUAUCAACAGCAGCAACAUCAACAACAACAUCAUUCCAGGACACACACACACACACACAUACAUAAAUUGUUGUAAAAUUGAUUAAAUAAAUUAAAUUUCCAGUUUAAGUAAAUUGAUAGCAAAACCAAAAAAAGAAAACUAAAAAUAUAUAUAAAGAAAUUGAACAAAAAAGAAAAACUAACUAAAUGAUAAACAAAUGUAGAGACACACACACACAAAGUAGCAUGAAGAGAGGUGGUGAGAGGGUGUGUGUGUGUGAGAGAGAAAGAGAGAGGGAAGGGGGGGAAAUACAUACAUAUAUUAUAUACAUACAUACAUUAUAUUUACAAUUAUUUGUUAACGCACAUUGUUAAAUUUGCUACUGUUGCUGACCAGUUUAUAAAUAAAAACCAAACCAAAAAAAAAAAAAUACGAGUAAAAUGAAAACAAAAAGAAAACUAUAAGUGAAAUCCAAAAAACAUACAUAUAUUAUAUAUAUUUAAAAUAUAUUAAAACCAAAAAAGAAAUACACAUUUAAAUUAAAUUUAUAAAUCAAAUCCCGAAGUGAACGAACGGAAAGUUGAGCAAUAUAAAGACAAAAAAAAACCAAAAAAUAAAAACGCGUUGGACAACAAAAACUAUGAAAAAUGCAUAAAAAAUACUAAAAAAAAAAUACUUAUACAUUAGAUAUGAUACAUACAUAUAUACUAUACACACACAUACAUACACAUACAUACAUACUUCGCAUGCUUGCAUCAAAAAAGAAAAGAUCGCAAGAUCGCAGCUGCCGAGCAUUAGCUUAACAUACUAAAAUAAAAUAAUGCAACACUCUUUAAAGGCCAAGUCGCGUGACUUUGCCGAUUUCUAAUCGAUUUUCCUCUUUGUUCGACUACCAAAAAAAAUCAAAUCAAAUCAAAACCUUCCAACUACUCACACUAUUUGACUUAUCCACUGCGAUGAAUACUUGCUACUCGUACUUUCCUUUUGAAACGAUCUCUUGCUUUCUCCUGUAUAAAACAUAAACAUAAACAAACCAAAAACAAAAAAAAACAAGCAAACAAAGCAUAAAAUAUAGAAUGAUGUUUCCUAAUGUUUAAUAAUUGCUUUAGCAACACACAAAAAAAAACAAAAAAACAUAAUUGCGUGCAUACAAACAAAAAUACAUCGCGUACCUCUUGCUUUACGAUAACAGAAAGUAUAAACAUAAAACAAAAAACAAAAAAAAAAAAACAAAUACAUAUACAUAUA